AGCAAUGGCGGAAGGAGAGGAGGCAUCGCCGCCACCAACGUCGGGCAGCGACAGCUGGGAAAAAGAUCUUGGAGAAGCUUUGGAAACUGGAGGUUGUGAUCUUGAAACUUUGAGGAAUAUAAUUCAGGGGAGACCACUGCCUGCUGACUUGAGAGCAAAAGUUUGGAAGAUUGCUUUAAAUGUUGCAGGGAAAGGCGACAGUUUAGCAUCUUGGGAUGGUAAUUUGGAUCUGCCAGAACAGACUACAAUUCACAAGGAUUGCCAAGAACUCAUUGACCAGCUUUCAAUGCCAGAGGAAAAGGCUGAUAUAUUACUCUUGAAUGUUGAAUCUGUAAUUACCUUUUAUUGUAAAUCACGGAAUGUUAAAUACAACACGUCUCUUGGCUGGAUUCAUUUGCUUAAGCCCCUCGUGAAUCUUCAUCUUCCACGCAGUGAUUUAUACAACUGCUUUUAUGCUAUCAUGAAUAAGUACAUUCCCAGGGAUUGUUUCCUGAAGGGGAGACCAUUUCAUCUCUUUCGAUUACUUAUCCAAUAUCAUGAGCCUGAACUGUGUUCCUUUCUUGAUACAAAGAAGAUGACUCCAGACUCCUAUGCACUCAACUGGCUUGGAAGCCUUUUUGCAUGUUUCUGUUCUGUUGAAGUCACUCAGGCAAUAUGGGAUGGAUACCUACAGCAAGCAGAUCCAUUCUUUAUUUAUUUUUUAAUGUUAAUAAUUCUUGUCAAUACAAAAGAUGUUAUUUUAGCACAAGAAUCUGACAGUAAAGAAGAAAUUAUUCAGUUUUUGGAAAAUACUCCCUCCAGUUUGAAUAUAGAAGAUAUUGAAGAUCUAUUUUCUCUGGCACAAUAUUAUUACAGUAAAACUCCAGCUUCAUUUAGAAAGGACAAUCAUAGUUUAUUUGGCAGUCCUUUGCUGGGAAUUAAGGAUGACGACACAGAUCUGAGUCAGGCCCUCUGCCUGGCAAUUUCAGUAUCAGAGAUUCUUCAAGCAAAUCAACAGCAAGGGGAAGGAGUUCGAUUCUUUGUGGUGGAUUGCAGGCCUGCGGAACAGUACAAUGCUGGGCAUUUAUCAACAGCUUUUCACUUAGAUUCAGAUUUGAUGCUUCAGAAUCCAUCAGAAUUUGCACAAUCUGUAAAAUAUUUGCUAGAAGCCCAGAAGCAGUCUAUUGAGUCUGGUUCAGUUGCAGGAGGAGAGCACCUCUGUUUCAUGGGAAGUGGCAGAGAAGAAGAAGACAUGUAUAUGAACAUGGUUCUUGCACACUUUUUACAGAAAAACAAAGAAUAUGUCAGCAUUGCCAGUGGAGGAUUUAUGGCACUCCAGCAGCACUUAGCAGACAUAAAUGUGGAUGGACCAGAAAAUGGAUAUGGCCACUGGAUUGCUAGCACCUCAGGCUCCAGGAGUAGUAUAAAUUCCUCUGUUGAUAGUGAUUCUCCUAAUGGUUCAAGUGAUGGUCGAGGAAUGAAGUCACUGGUCAACAAAAUGACUGUUGCUUUAAAAACAAAAUCUGUGAAUGUCAAAGAAAAAGUUAUCAGUUUUAUUGAGAAUACAUCAACUCCAGUAGACAGAAUGUCUUUCAAUCUUCCUUGGCCAGACAAAACAAGUACAGAGCGACAUGUAAGUAGCAGUGACAGAGUGGGCAAGCCCUACCGUGGUGUGAAGCCUGUAUUCAGCAUUGGGGAUGAAGAAGAAUAUGAUACAGAUGAAAUUGAUAGUUCCUCAAUGUCAGACGAUGACCGGAAAGAGGUUGUGAACAUUCAAACCUGGAUAAAUAAGCCAGACAUCAAGCAUCAUUUUCCUUGCAAUGAAGUAAAAGAAAAUGGACACAUGUUUCCUAGCCAUCUUUUGGUUACCGCAACACACAUGUACUGUUUAAGGGAAAUUGCUUCACGAAAAGGAUUGGCUUACAUACAGUCUCGGCAAGCACUAAAUUCUGUAGUUAAAAUCACAUCCAAGAAGAAACACCCUGAGCUAAUUACCUUCAAGUAUGGAAACAGCAGUACUUCGGGAAUAGAAAUUUUGGCAAUUGAAAGGUAUUUGAUUCCAAAUGCAGGGGAUGCUACCAAAGCCAUAAAACAACAAAUCAUGAAAGUUCUGGAUGCCUUGGAAAGCUAAAAGCAAAAGACUAGUUAUUUUAAAAGAAGAUGGAGCAACCAGGAGAGGACUGGAAUUCAGCCAAUGCAGUGGAUAUGGAGAUUCCAGCUGAUUGAAUAAUGCAACCCUGCUAUGAAGUAUAAAAACAUGUUUUCUAAACCACAACAUUUACCUAUGCACAAUUGGGGGAAAUAAUUUGAACACUUAAAAAUGACUGCUUUUAAAAUACUAAAUCCAGAACUAAUAUUUAUGACAGAAUAGUUAAGACUUACUUCUAGUCUUAAAUGAAUAAUAAGGAAUGGGUAAAAGCAUUAUAAGUGGAUAAGUGUGUUAAAUUUGAAGUUCACAUUGAAAGGGAUAAAACUGGAGCACUGAACAUGGGUCAUUGGUCUCCAUCACAAUUGAUUAUAUAGUUUUGUAUAUUUCAAAACUUGUGUGUUUGAGUGCACUUUGUUUUACAUUCAUUUGAGGUUGAGGUGAUGAGACUUAAUAAAAGCUAUUAAUCAGAGUGCUACAUAGCUGCAAUGCCUUAUCAUCAUGUCCUUCUUAAUGCUAUUUUCCUUUGGUGUACUUUGUUUUUCAGAGUUCAAACAUUUUGGAAAAAAAAUGUCCUUCCUCCUUUGUGUAGUGAAACAAAGUGAUCUCUCUUUUGCUCUUUUCUUGGUUGAUCUUUUUGGAUCCAUUUUGAACACAUUUGGUGAGAAUCCCUAGAAUGUGUUUGGGGCGAUGGAAAGAAUGACUUUCUGGAAUCUUUUUUCCCCCAAAAGGAGAGUAGCAAAUCCAUAGAGUCUUUCAAGUCAUAAAUUAUAAAACUAAUGUGCUUUGAGGUUGAGGAUUGAGAGAAGAAUCUAAUGAUCAACUAUUUUAAGUUAUUUGAAUGGGAAUCAAGUGGUUAUAAAGCACCUUAAUUCAGGAAAUAAUUUGCUUUACUAUCUAGAUAAAAACCAACUGAAUUGAAUUGUUGAAGACAUUUGCAUGAAAUUGCACCUGGGGCACAGCUUGGUAUUUAUGAUCCUGCCUUUUGACUGUUGUAUUACAUUUUCCUUUUCCUGGUCCCCUCCAGAACUUUCCCAAAGUCUUUGACUUUUUGCCUAAUUCAGCCAUGGAAUUUUUUCCAUAAUAUUAAUGUAAAAAUAUUUGUGUUACUGUUUAUAAAUACAACUGUAAAUAAAACCAGUACA